AUGUCUACACAAUAUUGUGAGCACCAGCAUGCUAAUGAAGAGAUUCGUUGGCUGAAUGUCAAGGUUGGACGAUUACUCACAAAGAUGCAAGAUGAUGCCAUUGAUUAUCCCCGCACCAUCACACAACUUCAGUCCAAUGACCCACCCCUUGCAGCUGAACUCUGGCGUCGCUGGACACAGCUUCGGUCCAUCAAUGCAUGUCACAUUUGGCACAUGCCGCAGAUUAUGCAGCUUCCUGGUUACAGUGGGCCAAAGAGUCCUGGCACUCAUGAUAGAAAGGAUGGAGAUGGAGAUGACACAGAGCUUGGGCAACAGUUGGAAGACGUACAAGCUUACAUUGAGGGACUAGAUCAUCACCGUGUGGACUUAGAACUUGCAGAAUAUAACUCAGACAGUAUGCUAAUAUCAAGUGAGGAUUUACAAUGCAGAUUUGUGGUAUAUAAAUCAGUACUUGAUAGACACAAUAUUAAGUCAUUCUAUUGUUGCAAUCUCCUACAGUUGGUGGCUUUGAAGAGUGCAAGGUUCUAUUUCCUUGCCCUGAAUAUCUUCUGGAUACGACUGUCACUGGAACUCAGCACUCUUAUCUUUGAUAGGUUGACAGGUGGUUCAACAAUUGUCCUGCAUCAUCCUGGUGCUACACCUCCAGCCUUGGACAUCUCUCCUGAGAACCUCAAGGCUGAAAUCUAUAUCAAUCCCAAAGUGCUCUCGGAGCAUUGUGAGCUUCACUCGGUCGUUGCUCAAAUUUCUCAACUCUUCAUUGCUGACUACGUGACACCUUUGGCCCAAGCCUUCACAGAAAAUCGUAUUCACAACAAUUGGAAAGGCAGCAGCCCAGUCUCUCAAACACCUUCAAAAGGCAAGACAACAUCAAAAGGCAAACAAGUUGAAAUUGUGCCUCUUAUUCCCUCACCUGUUUUACCAUCAUUGGCGCAUUUCACUUUUUAUGGAUGUCCUCGAGGCUCUUUAGAAGGUCUCAUGACUUCAAACUCCAAUAUCUUAUCAUAUAUGCCAUCCUAUGACAGCAGAAUUAUGUGGAAGCCAACUCAGAUCCGAUUAUCGCAUACUCAGGAGAGCAAGGGUUAUCAGGUCCGCAAAGAGGGACUGAGUGGGAGGGCUGUCAUAUUAGCACAGGAUCACAGUGCAUGUCAGCCAGUGACCCCUGCCAUUUGCAACCAGUCCUCAAGCAGCCAGGCUGAGAGACGCCACCCUCCGUCAAACAGUGACGAUAAAUGUUACCCUCCUUCAACAAGUGACCAGGCCUGGAGACAUUACCCUCCUACAACUCCUACCAGGAGCAAAAGCACAUCCUUUGAAUUACCCACACCCACGUUGAUCACUGCUAGUAUGCUGGUGCUUGCUCCUUUUGGGAAUGAAACAGAGGUAGUCCUAGAAGAGCUAGGCUACCCAGAUCAUUUUCAUUGGGUCUGCAUAUCAAUCAGCAAAGAUUACCUUCUGAAGCAGUGGUUUUUGAAAUUGCAGGAGGUUGCUGAGAUCUCGGAGGAGCAUGUGGAGGCUAUUGCAAAUGCUAUGUUGACUGAUUCUCAGCCUGUCACCUCAUUCCCUGUCAGAAUUACUGUGAUGGUGCUCCCAGGAACUGCUCGCUCGCACAAUCCUCGCUGGUUAGUUCCUCAAACAUACACCCCAUAUGUCAAAGUAUUGAAAGAAGUAUGUCAGCAACUAACAGAGCGACAACAGGCUAAAUGCCUUGAUGAGGACCAAGAGGUUCAAGCCAUUCUCAAUUACAUUAAUGCAAAGGCCACAGAUUUGGUGUCUAAGUUCAAACAACCUCGAUGCUGCUAUCUUGAGAGGUUAUCACUUGGUUCUGUUGUCCACCACUGCAAAUGCAACAAGACAAGUGCCUGGCAUGCCUAUAUGCACUUCAAAGGCAUCCAGAACAAUGCCACUAUUCUAGACAAAAGCUUCAGUGAGAAGUCAAACAUCGCCAAUCUUGCGAAGAUGCGACAAUGUAUUUCAAGAUAG